AUGCAAGGCGGCGGCAACAACAGUGGGGCAGCGGCGCGGCUGCAAAAGGAGCUCGUUGAGGUGAUGAUGAGCGAUGCCGAGGGCAUCUCCGCCUACCCAGAGGACGACAACCUCUUUCGCUGGAUCGGUAGCGUCAAGGGCGUGCCAAACACACCGUACGAGGAACUCGAGUACAACUUGCUGCUUGUUUUUCCGCCCAACUACCCGUACGAAGCGCCCACCGUGACGUUCAUGACACCAUGUUUCCACCCGAACGUAGACACGCGUGGGGCCAUCUGCCUCGACAUUCUCAAGGAGAAGUGGUCCGCCGUCUACUCGGUGAGCUCCAUCUUGCUUUCCAUCCAGAACCUUCUCAACAACCCUAACAACGAGUCACCGCUGAACAACCAUGCGGCGCAGCUCUGGCACGACAGGGAGCAGUUUACCAUCGCUGUGCGGACCACUCACGGUGGAGCGCCGGGAUCUUAG